AUGACGGCAGACAGUGAUAAUGAGAGUGGUAGUUCAGAGGAAGAACAAGUAGAAGAUAUCGCGACACAAGAGAAAGAUAAAACUGAAGAAAUUGAAGAUACAGUAACAUUUAAAGAUUUAGGAAUCGUUGACGUACUCUGCGAAGCAUGUGCUGAUUUAAAAUGGAAGAAUCCAUCAAAAAUUCAAAAAGAAGCCAUUCCAGUAGCUUUACAAGGCAAAGAUAUUAUUGGUUUAGCAGAAACUGGGUCAGGAAAGACUGGAGCAUUUGCUUUACCAAUUUUACAGGCUUUAUUGGAGAACCCACAGAGAUACUUUGCACUUGUAUUGACCCCAACUAGAGAACUGGCAUUUCAGAUAUCCGAACAAUUCGAAGCUCUAGGGGCUAGUAUAGGGGUAAAAUGUGCAGUAAUAGUAGGGGGCAUGGACAUGGUUGCUCAAUCUCUCGCCCUAUCAAAGAAGCCUCACAUUAUUAUUGCGACCCCUGGCCGAUUGGUUGAUCAUCUUGAAAACACAAAGGGGUUCAAUUUAAAAGCAUUAAAAUUUUUGGUUAUGGAUGAAGCUGAUCGCAUUUUAAACAUGGACUUUGAAGUGGAAGUUGAUAAAAUUUUAAGAGUGAUUCCUCGUGAACGCCGAACUUACCUGUUCUCAGCUACUAUGACAAAAAAAGUUCAGAAACUACAAAGAGCAUCCUUACAAGACCCUGUUAAAGUUGAAGUAUCUACAAAGUACCAAACUGUCGAAAAACUGCAACAAUAUUAUAUUUUUAUACCUGUCAAAUAUAAGGACGUAUAUCUGGUGCACAUCCUCAACGAGAUGUCAGGCAACUCGUUCAUAGUGUUUGUCGCGACGUGCGCGGGCGCCCUGCGCGUCGCGCUGCUGCUGCGCGCACUGGGCGUGCCCGCGGUGCCGCUGCAUGGACAGAUGGGCCAGCACAAGAGGCUCGCUGCCUUGAAUAAGUUCAAGAGUAAGAACCGAUCUGUGCUCAUCUGUACUGAUGUUGCUUCUAGAGGGUUGGACAUCCCCCACGUGGACGUGGUGCUGAAUCUGGACAUCCCGCUGCACAGCAAGGACUACAUCCACCGCGUGGGGCGCACGGCGCGGGCUGGGCGCGCUGGGAAAGCCAUCACUUUUGUUACACAGUAUGAUGUGGAGCUGUAUCAACGUAUAGAGCAGCUGAUCGGCAAACAGCUGCCAUUAUACAAGACGGAAGAGAGCGAGGUGAUGGUCCUGCAGGAACGUGUCGCUGAAGCACAACGCCUCACUAAAAUUGAAAUGAAGGAGUUGGAGGAUAAGAAGGGUGCAAAGGGCAGGAAGCGCGGCGGUGGCGGAGACUCGGAGGACGACACGGAGGAGGCGGCCGGCGUGAGGCGACGCAUCAAGGGGAAGGCUAACAAACAUGGGGGGAAGAGGAAAAAACGU